AUGUCGAGUGAUUCAGAGCCUUCGGAGAAUCUGCUCAUUGGACGCCAGAUGGUCAAAGAGUUCGUCGGGGAGUCUGAUCUUCAGAAGAUCAAUGCAGAUGUUCGGCAUGAACAGAGAGACGAUAUUUUCACUCAGACUAGCGCCGAAUUCAUUGCCGAAGUUUGUUUCUCAGCAUAUGCGAGACCGGGCUUGGAAUUCAGGGAACGUGCGUUGAUGAACAUCGCCAUGUUGAUCGCGUUGAACCGGAAGCCUGAGCUAAAAAUCCAUAUUCGAGCUGCGUACCGCAACGGCCUGACGGAGGAACAGAUUUGUGAGGCUUGCCGGCAUGCGAUGAUCUACUGUGGCGUACCAGCUGGGAGGGAUGCCUUGUUUGUUGCAAGUGACGUUUUCGCGGAUCUCAAACAGUCCGGUGAGUAUAAAGGGCAAUAG